CCGGCAAUGGCUGAGCUGAAGUACCUGAGCGGAUUCGGGAAUGAGUUCUCAUCAGAAGACCCCCGCUGCCCGGGAUCUCUGCCGGAGGGACAGAACAGCCCCCAGGUGUGUCCCUAUGGGCUCUACGCAGAACAGCUCUCUGGCUCCGCCUUCACCUGCCCCCGAAGCACCAACAAGAGAAGCUGGUUCUACCGGAUUCUGCCGUCGGUCCGACACAAGCCCUUUGUGACCUACGAACAGAAGAACCUGACCCACAACUGGGACGAAGUAGAACCGGACCCAAACCAGAUGAGGUGGAAACCGUAUCAGAUUCCCACUGCGGCCGCACACAAGCAGGACUUUAUUGAUGGGCUCUAUACCCUGUGUGGCGCCGGGGACACUCGCUCACGCAAUGGCAUCGCCAUCCACAUCUACACCGCCAACACCUCAAUGAUUGACAGAUGUCUGUACAACUCAGAUGGAGAUUUCCUCAUUGUGCCGCAGCAGGGGAAGCUGCUCAUCCUCACCGAGUUUGGGAAGUUGCUGGUGGAACCCAAUGAGAUCUGUGUAAUCCAGCAAGGGAUGCGCUUCAGUGUGGAAGUGUUCGGGGAGGCCCGGGGGUACGUUCUAGAAGUGUUUGGGGUCCACUUUGAGCUUCCGGACCUCGGCCCAAUAGGGGCCAAUGGGCUUGCGAAUCCAAGGGAUUUCCUGACCCCGGUGGCCUGGUAUGAGGAUCGGACGGUCGAGGGCGGAUACACAGUUAUCAGCAAGUACCAGGGGAAGCUCUUCUCAUCCGAGCAGGAUUUCUCCCCAUUUAAUGUCGUCGCCUGGCACGGGAACUACGCCCCCUACAAAUACAACCUGGAGAAUUUCAUGGUCAUUAACUGUGUUGCUUUUGAUCAUGCGGAUCCCUCCAUAUUCACGGUGCUCACAGCGAAGUCCCUCCGGCCCGGGGUGGCCAUAGCCGACUUUGUGAUAUUUCCCCCACGCUGGGGGGUGGCAGAUCACACCUUCCGCCCGCCCUAUUAUCACAGGAACUGCAUGAGUGAAUUCAUGGGGCUGAUUAAAGGCCAUUAUGAAGCAAAGGAGGAAGGGUUCCAGCCGGGGGGCGGCAGCCUGCACAGCGUGAUGACCCCCCAUGGGCCCGACGCCGGCUGCUUUGAGAAGGCCAGCAAGGCUAAGCUGGAGCCGGAGAGGGUGGCAGAGGGCACCAUGGCCUUUAUGUUCGAGUCGUCUCUCAGCAUGGCGGUGACCAAGUGGGGCAUGGAGACCUGCCAGCGGCUGGAUAAGAACUACUAUCAGUGCUGGGAGUCGCUCCGGAGUUACUUCAACCCCAACAAUAAGCCCCUGGGCAAGUGACCCCAAGCGGAGGGAGACGGGGGUCACAUACGGAAGCAGUCGCCCCAGGGGGGCAGGGGCAGCAACGACACAAUGCUGACCCAGAGACCCCCCCAAACAUCUCCUCUAUUAUAUCUCCAAUUAUUAGCAGUGUGACUUAUUGGCACAACUUCCCCUUUAAAGGGAAUAUUUAUACCUGAGAACAAUGUGCAGCGAUUCCCUAUCUGUUGAAAUAGAUUCCUAGCAUUUUAAAAUAAAACCAUUUUAUAAUUUCA